CGAUGCAACAGCGGCACUUCCGGUCCACUUGUAAACCCAACAGCGUGAUUAACGUAGAUGUUACACUGACACUGGGUACAUUUACCUGGAAAUAAAAAUAAAACCAUUGAACCAGUGACAGUAGUUUGUAAACAUGAAGCUGCUCACGCACAACAUGUUGACGUCCCACGUGAAGGGAGUCACUAAAGGAUACCCGCUGCUCAUCAAGCAGGCAACUGAGGUGAAGGUGAAUGAGGUGGACUUCAACCCUCAGUUUGUCACCCGCAUGAUCCCCAAACUGGAGUGGAGCGCUCUGGUCCAGGCUGCAGAGGAGUUGGGUCAACGGCAAGACCUGCCUGAUGAGCUGGUACCGGAAUAUGAGAACAACGAAGAGUUCCUGAAGAAAGUGCACAGAGUGCUAUUAGAGGUGGAGGUGAUAGAGGGCUGUCUGCGGUGCCCUGAAUCAGGACGAGAGUUCCCGAUCUCCAGAGGAAUCCCCAACAUGCUGCUGAACGAGGACGAGGUGUAGACGCCAGCUCCACGACAUCAACGGUUCUCAUACACAAACCUCACCCCAAGGUGUCACUCAGAUUGGAUUGUGGGUAUUCAGAGAGAGAGAAGAGAAAGGUGGGACUUAAGUUGGGGCCGUGAGAAAAUAGGCCACACUCUUUAGUUGAUUGUUGUUAUGACAUUUACGUGAGUGAUGCUGCCAAUGGAGGAAAAAGAUUUCAAGAAUAACAAAUGGAAAUGUUCCCUGAGAGUAACCCCCAGUGGUUUUAUCUGUAUUUAUUUUUGUAACUGUUUGGGUUCUUUUUUUUUCUUUUUUUUUCAAUAAAACUCGAUUUCCACGAGGGCCAAAAUUGUUUAAA